AUGUAUACAAAGCCUGAGCUUCACGCUCCGGCGAGCGGUAUCUUGGCGGUCGGCAUUAGCGGAGCUCGAAAUCGACAACCAAGUCACGAGCAUUGUCGUGUAGUACCGCUUCCAAAGAAUCGAUAUCACCAAGCUCGAGAUCCACGUCUACCUGAAAGGCUCCGCUCUGUGAUUGUCGUAAGAUCGCAGCGGGUGUCUUGUGACGACCCAGAUGGGACGGCAUUGAACGGCCUAUCCAAUCUGUUUCGCAACUCCGAUAGCAAUAAUCAUCCAGUCGCGAUCAGCAGUGUGCGGUACAAAUUGAAAAUCUAUUGGGCGUGUGUCUCGACUUCCGUUGCCUCGUCGUCUAUGGUCUCGCCAACCCAGACGCUCUGCUUUGAUUUUGCUCGAAAGUUGUCUCACCGAGUCUUGGCCUACUCGAGACCUGGAAGCCGUAGGAGGCUGGACGGAUUGUGUACUGUGGCUUGGGGUGGGCUUUACGGACUUUUUGUACUAGGCCGCUGCUGUGCGCCAUCCUCGUCUGUAGGCUUGAUCAGUGAGUACUCUAUACAUAAAACCUCUGCGUCUCAGACUGCGUCUGCACCCUGCACGCCCCGAUCUGAAAGAACCAUCCCAUCUGGCCCAUCGAGCAUAGCGAAGCUGAUCAGGGUAGAUUACCUCAUAUCCAGUGUACGAAAGAGCAGCAAUUUAUGUAUACCGAUCAACACCCCCGAGAUAGGUGACGCGUUCAACAAGCGAGCAUUGGUGCGCUUAGUACAUCGUCUUGAUCACUGGCAUCAACGGACAGUUUGUGAACUCAGCCAUCUUCCUUCGUGGUAUGCGCAUCACUGCAAAUCAUCUGCCAGCCCUGCUAUGUCAACCUCACCGUCUCAUCAUACUAUUAUCGCAUCUCUCGCACAAGAGCUGGAUGCCUGUCGAUGCCAGAGCAUAAACCUGCUCUACCAACCCUUUGCAGGACGCAGUCGAUUCAUCGCAUGCUUCGCCUCUACAAGGAGCAGAGAGCAAUAG